AUGCAACAUCCUAAGACAAGAAGUGGCACUAUAGGAACCGGUACGAAACUGAAGACCUCGGGAGGGAUUCGGGACAACAGUUCUUCCCGAAGUUUGACCACCAGAAGUCCUAAUGGUGUUGACCACCGGUUACAACGUGCUCCAACAUCUGAGAUACUGCAGAAAAAACGUGUUGGCAAACAACCUGAAUUAGAAAUUCAGUUAGCCCGGCUUCAAGAAGAGCUCAAGAAAACAAAGGGCCAGCUGAAUGAAUCCGAGUCAUGCACAAAGCGUGCUUACCAGGAAGCCGAAGAAGCCAAAAGGCAACUCGCAGCUAUGUCAGCCAAACUUGAUGACACACAACUUCAACUCGACGAACUUUGGGCGUCUGAAGAAUCUCGAAUUCAAGAACUAAGGAAAAUCUCACAAGACCGAGACCGGGCUUGGGAGUCUGAACUUAAAGCUGUCCAAAGACACUUAUCGGUUGCUUUAAACGAAAACCAUAAACUCAAUGUUCGUUUACAAGAAAUGGCUGAAUCUGAAGCGGCCCAGUCUAGUCAUGCUGAGUCAGCUCAUGAUGAGGUACUUACAUUAAGGUCAGAACUUUCGGAAACGGUCAAUGUAGUUGAAGAACUUAAAAACCAGUUAAACGAAUCAAAAGAUUCCGAGUCACGAGCUUUAGAGCUUGUAAGCCAAACUAGAGAGCAACUAGAAAUGAUAAAAUCGGAAAAAGCUGAAGCAGAGAGGGUCGAGCAGUUGGGAUCGGCUUUGGCGGCGAAUGUGGAGCUGGCAGACGAGUUACGAAGGCUAAAAGUACAAACCGAGCAAUGGAGGAAGGCGGCUGAGGUGGCAGCCUCGAUGGUUUUGGGUGAUGGUGGCAAGUUUGUAGAGAAUUCGGAGACGUUUGAUAUUCAUGUCAUUGGGGAGAAGUCGAGUUUGCUUUAUUCUGAAGACACGGAAGACGAAUCGACGAACAAGAAAACGAGUACUGUGUUAAGGAAACUCGGGGUUCUGUUCGGGCAGAAAUAGUUACUUUGGAGUAAAAUUCUUUAGCUGGUGAGUUUGGUUGAUAUAUUAAGUUGUGUGUGUGUGUGUGUUUUUUUAAGUUCCUCGAGUAUAGUUUGGAUCAUUUAAUGGAGAUUAUUAUACAGUCAUAUAAUGUUAAUUUAUAUGUUCAU